CCGCCAACGCCAAGGCGCGAUCGGCUUGGCGCGCGUGGGGCCGCUCCCGCCCCCGCUUCAUGGCGGCUCGUCCGCUGUUGGGUGGGUUCGGAGCGGGUGAUCUUGGGUCCGGGGGAGACGUCGAGCUGUACUUUGGAUGCUGGUGUUUGGGGGAGGGUCGCGCAUUGUGCGUGCUGCGAGCGGGCGGAUUUCGCGGCGCGGCUGUGGUUUGGGUUUGGGUUUGUCUGCUGGGCAAGCUGCUGAGUGAAUGUUGUUGUGGGAUCAUGGAAUUGCCCUGCGCAGACCGUCUUGCCAGUUGUCAUCCUCAAUUCCCAUGGGCGAACGUCUUGACAAACCACCCUUUUCAGAGCCCGGAAGUUGAUGCUGCCGCCGGCACUCCAGACGACGCCAUCAAGGCCGGUCCAGGACUGUGCUGGAAGUGUGUAGUCGGUGCGCCGCCCUCGACGAAGGUGCAGUUCCUGUUGAAGAUGACGGUUCAGCCAAAGUGGCCAGGACUGCCCGGCUGGUGACGGCGGUGCUCACGUUGUGCAGCAUACGAGGUAGUUUGACGUUUGACGUCCGCUGCUAUGGGUUCGCGGUGGUGCUGUCGAUCUCCUGAGUGUUGUCUUCACUGCUUCAAAGCGGACACAGAACUG